AUGCCACAAAAGCAUUCCGCCGUCGACGUUCCGGGGACUGUUCAACUUGUCGACAACCGAGGUGUUCUCGAUGUCAAGCAUGGAAGUGGCCAAGCGAACAUCGUUCUUGUCCCCCAACCAAGCAGCGACCCAAAAGACCCCCUUUCGUGGACGCAGAAGCGCAAGACUUUCAACAUAUUCUGGGUGAUGACCUGGUGCUUCUUCGCAGCUGCCAUCAUCUCGGGCCUGUCGCCUGCAUACCUGCAAAUCCAGGCCGAUACUGGCAUUUCUGUGGCUGAUCUGAGCACUGGUAAUGGUCUCUUGUUUCUCUUCCUCGGCUGGGGAACUCUGAUCACGCAGAGUUUUGCGCUCAACUAUGGCCGACGACCAACUCUUGUUGUUUCGAUCGUUCUGACGACUUUUGUCAACCUCUGGUCAGCAUACGUCAAAUCCCGUGUCGAGUUCUUCGUCAACCGAAUCAUCAUCGGUAUCGUCUCCUCUCCGAUGGAGACCCUCAUCGAAGUCGUCAUCGACGAUCUGUUCUUCGUCCACCAGCGAGGGUUCUACAUGGGCAUCUAUAGUUGGACUCUAUGGUGUGGAGCGCUUCUCUGCCCAGUGGCGUCCGGCUUCGUCGCAGAAACCUUGGGCUGGAGAUGGAUACAAUACAUUUUAUCGAUUUUGGGCGGCGCUGUCAGCGUCUCGACCUUCCUUUUCUUCGAGGAAACCAUGUUCUACCGACCGACUACCCAUGCUGAAAUUAUCGGUACAGUCAGCACCGAACAUACGGUGACAGAGACCGGGGUCUUAGGCGAACAACACUUGACGGAAACGAAAGAGUCAAAGCCCGGAGACGCUGUUGAUGGAGGUCUUACAAGAAUCAUGUCAAACGUUGACAUCACCGAGUCUCACGCUUCCGGUUGCGCCUCGGACAUUUCCUUUGCAUCCAAGCUGAAGCUUUGGGGACAUCAGGAUCCACGGAAACCCAGCAGCUUCAAGAACGCCCUCCUCCCGUUCCGACUUCUUCGCUUUCCGACCGUUCUAUUCGCAGGUCUUCUCGUUGGAGGUAUCUUGUCAUGGUACAACGUUGUCGGCGGAUCUCUUGCCCUGAUUCUAGGCAAUCCACCUUACAACUUUCGUUCCAACGUUAUCGGCCUCUUUUAUCUCGCUUCAGUAAUCGGGGUUUCCAUAGGAUGCGCUGUCUCGGGAUAUGCUAGCGACGCCUUGUCCGUGAUGAUGUCUCGGAGGCGUGGAGGAGUCAUGGAGCCCGAAUACCGUCUCUGGCUUUGCAUUUUGGCCAUUAUUGCGCAUCCUGUGGGUUGUAUUCUUUACGGGGUGGGCGCUUUCUAUGGUGUUCACUGGGUUGGGAUAGCUUUCGGUCUGGGUAUGAUCUCGGUAACCCUCCCUCUUGGAACGAGUCUGGCUUUCACAUACAUACUAGACAGCUUCAAGGAGGUGGCCGGGGAAGGUUUUGUGUCCGCUAUUCUGAUUCGCAACUCUAUGGGUUUUGCUUUCAGCUACGCUGUCGUACCGAUGAUCGAGAACAUAGGACUUCGAAAUGCGUUCAUACUGACGGCUGCACUUGGUGUGGGCUUAUGGGCUUUGUGUUUGGUCAUGAUCUUCGUUGGGAAAUCAUUCAGGAGGAGUGCAGCAGGUCCUUACUGGAAGCUUGUUGAAGAUCACGGAGCAUUGGCACAUUGA